AUGUCGGACCUCAAUCCAUUCCUUCUGGCCGCUGUAACUCCGGAUCCCGAUUCCCGCUUACUGCCCCUUCUCCGAUCAAAUCCUGACCUGGCCUCUGCACAAGAUGCACAUGGCUAUUCCCUCCUUCAUGCGGCCGCUUCCUAUAAUCAUGUAUCACUAUUACGAUCGUUGAUUGACGAGUUCAAGGUGGAUGUCAAUCUAAAGGACGAGGACGGCGAGACCUGUCUGUUCGUUGCCGAAACAGUGGAGGCCGCGAAAUGUCUGGUGGAAGAAUUGCACAUUGAUCUGGGGGUGCGGAACGAGGAGGGCAUGAAUGCGCUGGAGAAACUCGUCUCCGAACAAGAAUUUCCAGAGGUUGCAGAAUACCUCCAAACACAUACCGCUCAGGGUUCUACGGCUACCGAUUCUAACCGCUCUGGGCCCCAUCCAAAUGGCAUCCAGCAUCCUCCACCACUACCUCCAAACAUGACCAUCAACAUUGACACAGUAGCGGAUGCAACUUCCAAUUUCGAACAAGAACCCGAUCCCGAGUUUAGGCGGAGGAUAGAAGAGCUGGCAGCCAACGAGAAUUUCCAUACCGCUGAGGGUCAGCAAGAGCUGCGAGAAUUGAUCACAGACGCAGUUAGAGAUGUCGGGAACCGGGAUCGAGAGGUUCGGAGACGUGUCGGCUAA